CUCUUCCAUAAGGUAUCAUCACUUUCUCUCUUCUUUGCUAAACCCCAUUCACCACACCACACUGUUUGGGGUUCCGCUUUUCCUUCGUUAAACAUUUCUCUUCUUUCUCCUUAAUCGAUCUUUAUUCCCUUUUCUUUUUUAAUCAUACACAGAUGGAUUGGCAAGGGCAAAAGCUAGCGGAGCAACUGAUGCAGAUACUGCUGCUUGCGUUUGCGGUGAUUGCGUUCGCAACUGGGUAUGUUAUGGCUUCUUUCCAAACCAUGAUUCUCAUAUAUGCUGCUGGCGUCGUUCUCACCACUUUGGUCACUGUUCCCAAUUGGCCCUGUUUCAAUCGCAACCCUCUUAAGUGGUUGGAUCCGAGUGAGGUUGAAAAGCAUCCCAAGCCACAAUCAUCUCUCAAUGUUACUCAAAAGAAGAAACCUGUUAAGAAGUAGGUUUCUUAUUUUUAACCUUUGUUUGAGGAUUUCACAGUAAUUUGCACUUGAGAGUCAACUUAACUUCUUAGAUUAUAAUCCUAUAUUUAAUUUCUAUUAGACAUCGUUUUCUAGUUUUAAUCUCUUUAGAUAUUAUUGUUGAUAUAAUGGGAGCAUUGGAACGUUUGGCUUCUGACUGUUGAUGUUUAGUGUGCACUUUUAAUCGUUCACAUGACAUGAUACUCAAAUUGGUCCAUUUUGAAGCUAAUCAAUAUACCACCUAUCUAGAGUCAUGAAUCAAUUUGUG